UUAUGAUAACUUAAAUAUCAGCCUCUCCCAAAGUACUCCUAUUUAGAAGUUGACGCCCAUUUUUCUAACUUAUCUUUUUUUUUUCUAUACUAUUUUUCUCAGUGUCUUCUCACCAAUUGCCAUUGACACGACAAAGCUUUCAAAUCCCCAAAAAAGUUCCUAAUUAAAUAUUCCAAACUCUUAACGCGUUUAUCUUCUCCUUCUCCAUAAACCCUAGCUUUAAUUUUUUCUCUCCGCGUUAAAUUCACUCUGUAACUAUGGAUGAGAACGAUAAGCAGGUUGAUAAUGAUCCAUUACCUAGUGGUACUACUGGUGGUGCUGCUGCAGCGGUGUUCACCGGCGCCGCUUCUGAAUCAAGCUGGUCACUCGGUGGUGGUGAUGAUGAAUCGGACAAUGUUUACUUCUUCGGUACUAGUAGUACUGAUAGAGAGAGCAGUAUAUUAACUGAAUUCGGCUGGAAUUUUCAGCCGGACGGAAAUAGAGAUGUUCGCGCCGGUGGUGACGGUAGUCGAUUUCAUCGGAUCGAUGAGGAUUUGGCGGGAAAUAGUACUACUACUGCUUCUGCUUCUGCUUCUGUUACUGAACCGACGGUGACGGAGAAAAUCACCGAUGAACCUGUUUCAUCUAGCUGUUCUGAUGAUCCGCCGGAGAAAUCUACAGCUUCCGGUAGCUCCUCCGCCUCUCGACCGCCGUCCGAUACAGCAAGCAAGGUUAAAAAGAAGGGUCAGAAACGAAUCAGGCAGCCCCGCUUUGCAUUUAUGACCAAAAGUGAAGUUGAUCAUCUUGAAGAUGGCUAUAGAUGGAGGAAAUAUGGCCAAAAAGCUGUUAAAAAUAGUCCAUUUCCAAGGAGUUACUAUCGUUGUACAAAUACAAAGUGUACAGUAAAGAAAAGAGUGGAGAGAUCCUCUGAAGAUUCCUCAAUUGUAAUCACAACAUAUGAAGGACAACAUUGUCACCAUACAGUUGGAUUUCCUAGAGGUGGACUUAUCAAUCACGAAGCAUUUACAUCUCAAUUAACACCUUUACCCUCACAAUUCUAUCAUCCAUCCGGUGUUCAAUACCCUCAUGAAUUAGUUCCUAUGAGUAGUCCCGCUGCACCAGAAUCACAUACAAUGCCUGGUGAAACCGGACCCGAACCUAUUAGACUGCCAGAAACAAGUCAACCAGAUGCUACACAACAACCAACUGAUGAAGGAUUGCUUGGAGAUAUUGUACCUCCUGGGAUGCGAAGCAGAUAAUAUAAAGGGUAUAUAUUAUAAAGCACGGAUGUCAUUCUUGAAUUUAGCUGGAAUCAACCCUCUAUUUUAUAUGAAGUUAGCUAUAGCUAACUUUUAUAUUUUUUGCUGAUCAUGAUAUAGGAAUCAUGACUUAUUAAUGGAGAACCCUUGGAUAUAUAUAGCAGCUCUAGAUAUAUAAUUGUAGAGUUUCCCCUUUUUUCAACUUUCUGUUGUUUGGGAUUGGU